UAUUUAUCUUUUUUAGCUCAACCAAUUCCUCUCCUUAUCAGUCGUCCUAAUAUUUAACCAAGGUCUGGAUUGAAGAACGGCCAUGGAGAAAUGGAGCUUAAUCACGAUUACUGUGUUACUUGGACUUAUUGUCCGUUGGACUGUGUCACUUGGCCCUUACUCAGGUGCAGGAAAACCACCUAUGUAUGGAGACUAUGAAGCUCAAAGACACUGGCAAGAAGUUACUUACAAUCUGCCAGUCAAACAGUGGUACUUUAACACCAGUGACAAUAAUUUACAGUACUGGGGCCUUGAUUAUCCACCUCUUACUGCUUAUCACAGUCUUCUGUGUGCUUAUGUGGCAAAGUUAAUAAAUCCAAGUUGGAUUACUCUGCACACAUCUCAUGGGUAUGAGAGUCAGCCACACAAGUUAUUCAUGCGUGCAUCAGUUCUUGUUGCUGAUUUGCUAGUUUAUAUACCUGCAGUAAUCUUAUACUGCUGUUAUUUAAAAGAGACAUCGGUGAAAAAGAAGAUUUCUAGUGCUCUCUGCACAUUGCUUUAUCCAGGUCUCAUUCUGAUUGACUAUGGACAUUUUCAAUAUAAUUCUGUGAGUCUUGGUUUUGCUGUGUGGGGAGUGCUGUUUCUCUCUCAUGACUUUGACCUUUUGGGCUCAAUAGCAUUUUGCUUAGCUAUAAACUACAAACAAAUGGAGCUUUACCAUGCUUUGCCCUUCUUCUGCUACCUGCUGGGAAAGUGCUUCAAAAAAGGCCUGAUGGGCAAGGGGUUGUGGAUGUUGUUGAAAUUGGCCUUUAUUGUCAUUCUUUCUUUUGCUCUCUGCUGGCUCCCAUUUUGUACAGACAUUGAACAAAUUUUGCAAGUGCUCAGAAGGCUCUUUCCAGUAGAUCGAGGUUUGUUUGAGGAUAAAGUAGCCAAUAUUUGGUGCACUGUAAGUGUCUUUUCCAAAAUAAAGACAAUCCUGACAACAGAAACACAACUUAAAUUAAGUUUUGCUUUAACAUUCCUGACCAUACUUCCCAGCUGCAUAAAACUGACUCUGCAACCUUCUCUCCGAGGAUUUAACUAUGGCUUGGUUUGCUGUGCAUUGUCUUUCUUUCUCUUCUCAUUCCAAGUGCAUGAAAAAUCUAUUCUUCUUGUUUCAGUACCAGUCUGUUUAGUUAUACAUGAAAUUCCUUUUAUGUCUACAUGGUUUCUUCUAACUUCAACUUUCAGCAUGCUUCCCCUUCUAUUAAAGGAUGGCCUUCUUUUGUCUUACACUGUGACAAUGUUGGCUUUUCUCAUGGUGUGUACAACUUCUUUUUCAAUAUUUGAAAAAACAUCUGAAGAAGAUCUGCAACUAAAAAGACUUUCCAUGUUCAUAAGAAGAUACAUUCCUUGGUUUAAGACAUUUGCAAAACUUAUGAAGAGUUUAUUCUUCAUCUCAAUAACUCUGAUGGGCAUCCUGACUCUAAUGAGCGCUACGAUGGAUCCUCCAAAGCGGCUGCCAGAUUUAUUUCCACUAGCUGUCUCUGUUGUAUCCUGCUUGCACUUUCUCUUUUUCUUACUAUAUUUUAACAUCCUUGCAAUGUGGGAAUCAAAAGAUGGCCGAAACCAGAAAAAAAUAAAGUAGUUUAAGUGCCAGCUUGGAAAAUUAAUGGCUCUUACUGGGGACAUACCAUUAAUAUUUCUAUAGACCUUUGUCUUAAAGUGUUCUAUAAUGGAAUAUUUUUUUUAAUAAUUUCAUGUAUUUUCUAAGAAAAUCUAGAAGAAAAUGUUUAUAUGUCAAUAUGUGCUGUUUCACAAGAGAUUUGUGCUUACUGCACUUUUCUGUGCACUAAAAAAGAGCCAGAAUGCUUGACAAUUCAUUCAAAAUAAAUCCUGAAAAUAAGGACCA